AUGAAGGCCGGAGCAGCUGCCCUGGCAGCCGGGAUCCUCGGGGGCACCGGGGUGCUGCUCUUCCUCAUCGCCUUUGGCACGGAUUAUUGGCUCCUGGCCACCGACACCUGCGGGGUCCUCGAGCAUGGGAACAGCACUCUGAGCACCGCCGGGGCUGAAACUCCAACAGAGGCUGGGAAUGAGAUCCUCACUUUCCACCACGAGGGUUUCUUCUGGCGGUGCUGGUUCUUUGGUGAGGGCCACCCCGAGAGCAUCUGGACCUUCUGGUACACCAGCCAAGCCCACCCCAAGUUCUGCAUGCAUGGCUACCUCUUCCCCAUGCCCAUUGCUGUGGGACCUUUCCCCCAUCCCUCCUAUGACACAACUGCAGUGUACAGAGGAUUUUGGACGGCGUUCAUCCUGCUGGCUGUGGCUGCCGGGCUCGUGGGGGGACUCCUGCUGGUCUGUGGGGUUCCCUUCUCCAGCCCCCACUCCUACAAAGUUGGGGGAGGAUUCCUGCUGCUCUCAGGAGGUUUGUUUCUCCUGCUCGUGUUUCUCUUUGUGAUGUGGAAGGAGUUUGCAGCUGACUUCCAGAGGUACAUCCUCCUGGAGAGGAGCGAGAGGUGCCUGGAUGACGUCCCCGUGCACGUCUACUACGGCUGGUCCUUCAUGUUCGCCGCCGCCGGGGUGCCCCUGGCGCUCCUCUCUGGACUCCUCUUCUUCCUGGUGGGCAGAGACAUUAUGGAUUCCCUGCAGUAA